UUCCACCACCCUCAUCGAUGGCACUCAGUGCCCCUCGCUCGACUUUUGCCUUCUUCUGCGAUGCGCGCCUCUGCUUCAGACAUGUCCGCUAGCUUUCUAGUCAGGCAACGGAGAAGGCUGGAGAGCAGUUUCUUGACCUUCUUCAACCUUGGGCUGCUCCGUCGUCGUCAAUUGAUCUGUGAAAGCACAAGCAGAAGGCGUCCUAUCGCGGCGACCACAGCUUAUCUAUCGUCCCCUCUGUCCUCGCCUCUUGUCACGCGCCUUCCUUCCAAGAGGUCCCUCUGACUAUUGAGCUUCAUGAUGUUCGCUGGUGGCAAGCCUGGAUAUCGAACCUGCAUAUAUCACCCGGGUCAAGCUCGUCGCUAGGUAGUUCUUCAGCGUCGCCCGU